AUGAUCCCGCUUCAGCAGGGUCCGAAACACGAUCGGGCCGGUGAAGAUGAUCAGAAAAAGGCGGAACAGGUGGUGGGUCGCCACCAUCGCGAUCUCGAUGCCGAGGGCCAGGCCGAUCAGGCUCAUCUCGGCGAAACCGCCGGGCGCGUAGCUCAGGACGGUGGCGUCGAGGUUGAGGCCGGUCAGGGCGUAGGUGAUCUCGGCGAAGCCGACGGCGCAGCCGAUCAGGAUGAAGGCGGCGCCGAUCGAGGCGGCCAUCUCCUUGUGCAGCUUGUCGAAGUUGGCGCCGACGAAGCGGCAGCCGAUGCCGGUGCCGACCACGACCUGCGCGGCCGCCACCAGGAAACCCGGCGGCUGGGAGUUGGUGAGGCCUGCCAGAUGGGCGAUGCCGCUCACGAUCAUCGGUCCCAUCAUGAAGCUGGCAGGCAGGCGCAGCAGGCGGCCGGCGAUGGCGCCGACCACGCCGCAGCCGAUCAGAACGGCAUAGUCCUUCCAGUCGUUGCCGGUCGGGCCGUGGACCAUGGUGAGCACGCUGGUCUGGGCGCCGUUCACCAGCCGGUACCAGACCGGGAUGGUGAGCACGACGGUCAGGAUGCGCAGCGCAUGGGCGAGCGCAAUGGCGCGCUCCUCGCCGCCCAUGGCCCCGCCCAUGAUCGUCAUGUCGUUGAGGCCGCCCGGCAUGGCGGCGAAGUAGCAGGUGACCUUGUCCCAGUCGGUGAAGCGCCGCAGCCAAGCGUAGCAGAGCGUGGCGCCGGUCAUGGUCAUGCCGGUGAGGACGCACAGGCUGACGGCCCAUUCGCCCAGCCGCUGCACCAGUCCGCAGAGCCCCGCUACUGGGAAGACUACGAAGUCGGCCGGAAAUACCCGCUCGGCUCCACCAGUUUCACGGCCGACGAAAUCAUCGAGUUCGCCGAGAAGUUCGAUCCGCAGUCGUUUCAUGUCGAUGCCGAAGCCGCCAAGUCCUCGCUUUUCGGAGGGCUUUGCGCCUCGGGCUGGCAUGUCGCCGCCAAGCUGAUGCGCCUGUUCGUCGACAGCUACGUCGACAAGCGCACGGCGCUGGGCUCGCCCGGCGUCGACGAGCUUCGCUGGCUGAAGCCGGUCCGGCCCGGCGACACGCUGACGGCCUGGGUCGAGUGCGCCGACAAGGCCGGUAUGAAGCGUGCGGUGACGGGACUCGACCACGUGGUGGUGAUGGUCGAUGGCAUCGAUGCGGCCGAGGCCGCCUACCGCAAGCUCGGCUUCCAGGUCCAGCCGCGCGGCUUCCACAAGAAGCUGGGCACGGCCAAUCACCUGAUGAUCUUCGAUACCGACUACUUCGAGAUCCUGGGCAUCGUCGAGGACACCGAGUUCAAUGCCGAGCGUCGCGAAUGGCUGAAGGACGGCGGCGGCCUCGCCAACGUGGCGCUGGCGACCGAAGGCGCCGACGUGGCAUUCGAGGCGUUCAAGGCCGCCGGCCUCAACCCGGAUGCGCCGCUGUUCUUCGACCGCGCGGUCGAAGUGGCCGGCAAGACGGAACUGGCCAAGUUCCGCACCGUCCGCAUCCCCAAGACCAACAUGCCGGUGGUCGGAUUCUUCGUCUGCGAACAUCUCACGCCGGAAUUGGUCUAUCGCCCCGAAUGGGCGGCCCAUCCCAACGGCGCGCGCGGCAUCCUCGGGGUCACGGUGAUCGCCGAGCAGCCGGCGAAGUGGAUUCCGGAACUCGAGAAGUAUUUCGGCUCCGACUCGGUCAAGCGCGAGGGUGACGGGCUGGUGGUCGACACCGGCACGCAGCCGAUCCGGCUACAUGACCCCCAAGGACUAUGCCGUGCGCUAUCCCGGCAUCACGCCGGUGCGGCCGGGCGACCAUCCGGCACUGCUCACGAUCCGGGUCGAGAACCUCUCGGCCUGCGAGGCGCUCCUCAAGAAGAACGGCGUCAAUUUCCUAAAGCCCGAUUCGGGCCGGCUCGUCGUGCCGCCCUCGGAAGCGGCGCAUCUCACCCUGGAAUUCUCGGAGCUUUAGUCUUCAUGGCGUUAGAUCUUGCCGACCGCGGCAUCUACGGCUUCUCGACCACCGAAAACCUGCGCUUCGCCGACGUCGACGCCAACGGGCACAUCAACAACGGCGCCUUCCUCGAGCUGCUGGAGAACGUGCGCGUCGCAUAUCUUCGUCAGAUCGUGCGCACGGGGCUUCCGCGCUUUCGUAUGGUCGUCGGACGCAUCGAGGCCGACUUCAAGCGACAGAUGUUCUAUCCCGGCACGGCCGUCGCCUGCUGCCGCCUGAUCGAGGCGCAUGACCGCAAGUGCGUCGUGGGCCAGGGCCUGUUCGACGGUGCGGGCAACUGCACCGCCGUCCAGAAAGUGAUCAUGGUAUCCCUGAACGAAGAGACGCACCGCGCCACGCCGUUCGAUCCCGUGGUGCGCGCCAUGCUCGACCGCCUCGUCGCUUCCAGGGAUGGACUCGACCCAUGA